UCUCAUAUUUUGUUCCAGAACGGCAAUUAGACAAAAUGGAACAUCCAAAAGACAUAUCGUCUGUACGCUACACCAACUGUGUAUGCUUCUUCCAACGUAAUGGGGAACAUUUUGGCUUAGUCAGAUUAUACAGAGGGGACUUCACGAUCAUACCUUUGAAGAUGGCAAAACAACAUAGGCCUACAGUGCCAGUGACACUUGAUCCCAAUACAAAUCACCCCCUGCUGGUUAUAUCUGAUGAUGGUAAAGAAGUGAGGUGCACCCAAACACCUCAGGAACUUGAUGAUCACCCAAAGCGUUUUGAUCAACACUGUUGUGUCUUGGGCAAAGUCGUUUUAUGUGGAGUUAGAAAGAAAUUAGUUUACUAUGAAGUAGAUGUUAAGGGGAAGACUGAAUGGAGCCUUGGGCUUAUGGACGUGGCAGUAAGUCACAAGGGAAAUAUUAAUUUUUGUUCAGAUCAGCAUUUGACCAUACAACUCCAAAAUGGACAUUACUGGGCAAACACUCCCCAAAAGCUUGAACUGGUCCCAAGGAACACACUGGAGAGGGUAGGGGUGGUAGUACAUUUGUGGAUAGGCACAGUGACCUUCUAUGAUGCAACAUCUGGCGAUUACCUCUGCUCCUUUGAAGGCAUUGAUAUUAAUCAAAGGUUCUACCCCAUGUUUAAUCCCGGACCAUUUUCUGAAGAAAAUUCAAACCCGUUGAUUAUUACCCAAACAAAUAACAUCCCUUGCUAAUAAGAUUUUCUUUUGUGAUGGUACUGUAUAUGACUGUCAUCACCCAGCAACUCCUGAGCAAGACACUUAUAGACAAUUCGAGACAUUUGCAGAUGCCAACUAGCAUUGUUCAGCAGUAGAACAUUAUAAAACCCCCUCCCAAAGCCGCAUACAGAUGCAAUUGCAUGCAGAGAUAUCUGGCUUGACGUUUAGCUCAGUGUUAUUACAAUGCUGAAGUUGAGCACAACCUUUUGUAAUUGAGGUGCAAUGCUUGUUACCAUAAUCCAAACUGACUUAAAAGUUGAUACAUGUGUAGAUAGACCUACAACAUCUUCCAAGAUUGACAGAAGAUCAAAGGUGGAGGUCUUCUAUUCUAUCCUAAAGGAAACCAUCAAAUGGCAGUCAUGGGUAAGCGGUUAGGGCCUCAGACUUGUAGCCCAAAGGUUGCCGGUUCGACUCCCGACACGCCAGGUUGGUGGUUGGAGUAAUCAACCAAUGCUCUCCCCCAUCCUCCUCCAUGACUGAGGUACCCUGAGCAUGGUACCAUCCCGCCGUACUGCUCCUUAGGGGCGCCAUUGAGGGCUGCGCCCUUGCACGAGUGAGGCCUAAAUGCAAUUUCUUUGUGUGCAGUGUUUACUUGUGUGCUGUGGAGUGUGGUGUCACAAUGACAAUGGGAGUUGGAGUUUCUCAAUGGGCUUUCACACUUCACUUUCACGAAUGCCAUGCCAAAUGCGAUGGCUCAAUGGUUAGUGGUGCGCAGGCCUGUAGAUCAGAGAGUUGCAGGUUAAUAUCCCACCCUUACUAGCAC